AUGUCCUCUUCCAACCCUCACGAUGAGGAGGCUGCCUUCGUCGACGCCGACGAGGCCGAGGAGAUCUUUCAGCGCGACGAAGAUCAGCCCAUGGACUCCGACCCGGACGACGACGAGGACCAACCCAUGACCUACGAGGAGCAGACUUUCCAAAACGACUCCGCUGCACAUUUCGACUCGCACAAUGACUCUGUUUUCUGCGUGGCUCAGCAUCCGAUCCACCACAACAUCGUCAUCACUGGUGCUGGCGAUGACACAGCCUACAUCUUCGACUCGACCCCGAGCCCUCGCCCGGUCCUUCCGCAGAGCUACGAGUCGAACCCACAACCGCGAGAGCGAGAGUCACUGAAUCCAUUGGCUAAGCUGGAUGGUCACGCCGACACGGUCAAUGCAGUUGCUUUCACCGAGCCAGCUGGAGAAUAUGUCGUGACAGCGGGGUUGGACGGCAAGUUGCGGGCAUGGCGGGAUACCACACCGCAGACGACCGGACUCGCGUGGGACUUGGUCGCUGAGUCACAGGAGGUGGAGGAGAUCAACUGGGUGGCUGUGUGUCCCUAUACUCAGGGCGCUGAGGAGAAACGCAAUGUGGUUGCUAUUGGUGCCAAUGAUGGCAGCGCGUGGGUAUUCCGCAUUGAUCAUACGGAUGCUACGCAGCCCAUUGUCAUCAUUCAAAGUUUCUUCCAGCACACUGCAUCAUGUACCGCUGGCGCAUGGACGCCCGACGGAAACUUGCUUGCGACGGUCUCCGAGGAUGGCAGCUUUUAUGUCUAUGAUGUUUUUGGCGCGGCUGCUGCUGCAGGUAUCUCUGGAUCCCAGGGUACGAACGCUAUUAUUGGAUUGACUGCAGAGGAUCAGCGAUUUGCCGUGGAUGGCGGAUUGUACUCUGUCGCCGUUUCACCAGGCGGCGGCAUUGCGGCCGUGGGUGGUGCCGAUGGACACAUCAAGGUCGUCGGUCUACCGCGUCUGGCUGCUGCUGCGGCACCGGUACAAAAGGCCAAGGGCAAAGCUGCCCCGACUUCGCAGGCUACUACGAGUGCCUCUGCGUCGGGCACGAUCCUGGCUGCGCUCCAGGCCCAGACCGAUGGCAUUGAGACUCUUUCCUUCUCCCAGCCACCAUUGACUCUUCUCGCUGCCGGGUCAGUGGACGGUUCCAUUGCUCUAUACGAUGCCGCUCACCGGUUUGCCGUCCGCCGGCAUAUCAAGGAGGCGCACGAAGGCAGUGCCGUCGUCCAGGUAGAAUUCCUGCAGAGCCGUGCUCCCACCGCUGCUCCGCGUUCAGGUCCUCUUGCCUCUGCCAAUGCAGCCCAACCAGGGCGGUCGUAUUUGCUCACAUCGGUUGGACUGGAUGGCGUUGUCCGACGUUGGGAUGCUCGCGGUGGAACUACUGCCGCUGCGCAGGGAUUGUUGCAGGAGUGGAAGGGGCAUCUACCUGCUACGGAAAAUGAGGAUGGCGAACAGGCUGGCGGCAUUAUGGGAUUUGUGCAGGGCCUUGAUGGAAAGCGCAUUGUCACUGCCGGUGAUGAUGGCGUCGCCUUGGUUUUUGAGGAGUAA